UAGAGUGAGCGGCGGAGUGGAGUCAGUUUCGCAGCAGAGCAGGCUGUCGUCGCCGCAGCAUUUUCAGCUGAAUUUUAUUUAGUCUAGUGUGUAGUGAACGUUCUGCGUACAAGGUAGCAGCUGGUGUUGCAAUCUCAGCGGGCACUCUGACAUGGCUUAUCUACUGGUUUUUGCAAUAGCCUUGGCUUUGUUUCUUGCCGCGCUGUCACUCUAUCGCUACGGCAAUAUCCAACGUCAGCAUCCAAUCGUAACACUAUCAGUUCUCACUGCCUGGUGCUUUUCGUUUCUUAUUGUUUUCACAAUCCCCCUGGACGUCACCUCGACUGUGUACCGGCAAUGUCUCCAAGAGCAGCCGGUGGUGAAUGGCGCUACGACCGAACCACAAAAUCCAAACUCAUCGUUGCAAGUGAGCAGCACUGUGGGGCACGCACGGUGUGAGAAGCCAUGGGGAAUGGUCCCUGAGUAUGUGUUCCCGAAUUUGUGGCGUAUCAUCUAUUGGACGUCGCAAUUUCUCACUUGGAUUAUUAUGCCACUGAUGCAGUCGUACUUGAAGGCGGGCGAUUUCACUAUCAAAGGCAAACUGAAGUCGGCCCUCAUUGAUAAUGCUAUUUACUACGGAUCGUAUCUGUUCAUAUGCGGGAUUCUUCUCAUUUACAUCGCUUUCAAGGGAGUGUCGUUGGACUGGCAGAAGCUCAAGGCGAUAGCAUCGUCCGCCUCCAAUACUUGGGGUCUGUUUCUUCUGGUGUUGCUGUUCGGCUAUGCUUUAGUCGAAGUGCCACGUAGUUUAUGGAACAACUCCAAACCAGGAUUUACUUUACAGCACGCCUACUUCAAAGCGGCUAAAUUAAACACCGACAAAGCCGAGGCCGAGGAAAAUGUUGACGAUGUAUUAGAAUCUCUUCAAGCUGCUAGUCGUGCCGUACCAAACAAUCAUGAACUGCGACCGUAUGUCGAAACGAUCUUAAGAAAAGUUCCUACUGAAUUGUUGGAGAAGGCUAGUCGUAACUAUACUCGAAACGGUGGAGGUGGCGGCAGUGGUACCUCAACAAUUAUACCAUCAGAGAAAGCUCUGAUUCGUAUACAUAAACAAGUGAUCAAAUCACUGCAAACGCUCCAAAGGACAGAAGCUUUAUGGAGUGUACAAGUCGGAAAAGUACUUCAUUUGGAAGAUGUCUCGAAAAAUCUUACUUCAAUGGACCGAAGGUUCAAGAGUGAGUUCCCGAAGCCUCGCGGUAGGCUUUCAAGAAUGUUUUACAGCCCAACAAUCGACUGGUAUUGGCAGUGCUUACUGAAACCGCCAUAUCUGAAAGGUUUGGCUGUUAUCACCGGCACUUUGUCCUUAAUGGUAGUGUGGAGCGAAAUGACUUUCUUCAAUAGAGAGCCAGUUCUCUCGAUUUUUGCGAACGUUCUGAAGAUAGCGACAUCACAUUACGAUUUUUUCACAAUCGAAGUCUUUUCAAUGGCUACUCUAUGCUACCUCUGCUAUUGCGCCUAUUCGACAGUAUUUCGAAUAAAAUUUUUGAAUCUUUACUACCUGGCACCGCAUCAUCAGACCAAUGAGCACAGUUUGAUCUUCAGCGGGAUGCUACUCUGUCGACUCACGCCGCCAAUGUGUUUAAAUUUCCUUGGUCUCAUUCACAUGGACUCGCACAUCAUCAAAGAACGCAUUAUGGAAACAUACUAUACGAGGAUCAUGGGUCACAUGGACGUCCUAGGGAUUAUAUCAGACGGUUUUAAUAUCUACUUCCCAAUGGUUAUGUUGGCGAUUUGCCUGGCGACUUGGUUCAGUUUGGGAAGUCGCGCACUGAGUGCCCUUGGAUUCCAGCAAUUCCUACAAAAUGAAGUCAUCGCCAUUGAAUUGGUCCAGGAAGGCAAAGAUCUAAUCGCGAGAGAAAAGCGCAGGAGGAUACGUGCCGAAGAGUCGUUGGCACGGAAACGUGACUUGCCUCGCGACAAUAUAUUAAAUUCCAGUUCAGCAGCAACGUCAAAAUAUCGUUCACUUCGCGGGGAUACUACAGUGCUCACCCCUGCAGAUGGAUUACUACGCGAUGCUGAACCAUUUGAUUAUUCCACUACGAGUCGUGAUAUUGACAUAACACGAAGCUUGUCGCAAGAGAUCAAUGAACGCUUUGGUAUUAGCACGCAAGUGCAGGUAGGCUUCAAAGGGACUGGAAAUAGCUUCGACUCAGACAACGAUGAUAGUAAUGAGAAUCGCAUCGGUCCUCCGCCAAGAGGCAUUUUCGACGAUGUGUAGUCCAAUAAGUAAAUUAAUUUUCUUGUACUUUUAGAUCGGGAUGCUUUUAAGUCACACGAUUCCUUUUAAUUAUUUGUAUAUAAUUCCAGCUAUUUAUAGUGAAAAAGUGUUUAGAUAUUUGGAAACUCACUUGAAGCGUUUUCCAGAGUGCAAUCAAAACGAUUGAGCAAUCAGAUGCGAAAAUAUUUAUGAAAUUUAUGAUUUUACCCUAAGAUAAUGUUGUUUCUUGCUUUGAAACUCGUAGAGAAUAUUAGGUUUAGAUUAUUCACUAACGAAGCUUAUAUAUUACCUUGUAUACACGAAAUUAAUGCCAAUUAUUGCGGAAAGAAAGUAAAAGUACGUUAAUAUGAGAAA